AAUUCGGGUCAAGACACGCCUCCUAGGAAGAGGAACGCAGGCGACGCGUGCCUGGGCGGCUUUAGAGGGAGUCACGUGUAGGGGUUCCCGCGGGCGGCAGUUGCCCGUCACGUGACUUGGGCAAGAUGGCGGCUCCCACGGAAGGGACCGACCUUGAAGCCUCCCUGCUGAGCUUUGAGAAGCUGGAUCGAGCAUCCCCAGACUUGUGGCCGGAGCAGCUACCAGGUGUUGCUGAAUUUGCUGCUUCCUUCAAAAGUCCUAUCACCAAUUCCCCUCCCAAAUGGAUGGCUGAACUAGAAAAUGAUGAUAUUGAUAUGUUAAAGGAACUGGGGAGCCUUACCACAGCAAACCUAAUGGAGAAGGUUCGAGGCCUGCAGAACCUGGCUUAUCAGCUAGGGCUGGAUGAAUGAAUCCAAACAAUACCUUCUCCUACUGCUGAAGUGUAGCCAUUCUUGACUUUCUACACGCCUAAUUAACUUGUGGAACUCACUACCAUAUGCUGUUAUUGAAGACAAAGCUUGCCAAGACUCAAAAGAUUGUCGGUAUGGUUAAUGGGGAAAUUCUGUAGGUGUUACCUAGGGUCUUUUAAAAAACUGCACAAGCAACUGCUGCCUCGAAUUAGGAGCAAAAUUCUUCCUUAUAACUUUGUUAAUGUAUCUUACAUGUUUCUCUGAAGCCUCUUGUUGGAGACGUGAUAACUGGCCUAGUUGGAUCAUUGAUCAAACUGGACACAAGUGGUCUUAGGAAAUGCCACUACUGUCUAAUACCCCUAGUCCAUUGCUACACAACAGAGAAGGACAAAGUGAAGAAUCCUAUAUCUUUAAAGUACAAGGACAUUUGGGGAAGCAGAAUGUUACCUAACCUGCAGUGACGCUGGGACAUCACCGUUAACACUUGCAAAAAGGGUCUUAGGUUCUCAAAUCUUUAGGGGUUGGACACAUUUCCAGGUGUGUGUAAAAUGGGGAUGCUGUGACUUCCAGUGUUUCACUUGGGGGUGCUGUCAGUUUCAGGGAUGAUAGGGUAGGGGAUGGACAGAGGGGACUCUUACCUGCCUGCACUGAAUCUCGUAUUCCCUCCAAAGAGUCUAUUCCUCUAGUUAUCCCUUUUAGUGAAAACUACUUGCUGCCAGCCCCCACUCCUUUUCCUCUCUGCAGGAAGCUGCCAAGGAGGGUAGUACAUUUCUCUGGACAAAGCUGUAGUCUUGGAGUCUGUCCUGAAGAGCAUGCUGUCUCCUGAAAAAAGCUACUUCCUUGCGGAAAUGGGACUACUUAAUUGCUGUACUGGGAGCUACAGGAGAGGAUUUAUUCUUGUAGAGGGGAAGAAGCUAGUGUUAUGGGGCAGGAUCACAUGUUGGGAGCAGGGAGAGUGGUAAGAGACCAGCAUGAGUACAGUUGCUGUCAAUACCUCAGUGCUAGUUUAUUGAAGAGAAGGACGUCCAUUCUUAAUGUGUCAAGCGUUAAAGAUUGAGCCAGCAGCUAUUGAUUUUGUCUUUACUGAAAGGUGGCUCCUCCAGCCGCAUAGCAGUCCUAGCACUGUGCUGGGACAUUGGGAUAAAUACCAACCAGAAGGAAGAGUGUCCCCCACUAGAGUCAUUCCUACCACUGUAUGCUGCAGAGUGCCCUCUAGCACUGCAUUAGGGUCUACGGAUUCAGAGUGUCACUUUGAGUCACCAUAGUCCAUGUCACAUGUAGACUUCCAUGGAGGUCUUUCUGUUUACUUUGGGUAUUCAUGGAGAUCCACUGGCCAUGGUGUCUGUGUUGUCUCCCAUCCAUGUGCAGACCCAGAUAAAAUAAGGAGAGAACAGAGUGAAUUGGAAGAUUCAUAGUAAUUCAUCCACUUGCUUAGAAAAUUAGUUGUGUAGUCUUGCAUCUGCCUUUGCCUGCCUGAAGCCCAUAAAGUACUGUGCUGUAACUUGCACCGUGCCAAGAACAGCAAAAAUUUAAAAAUACAAAGUGCUUAGCCCUGUGGCUCCAGAACACAACAGAGCAGACCCCUCCCCAACCGCUGCUGGAAUGAGAGUUGGUACAUCCACUCCUGUUGGCAGGAGUACUGGGUUCAGCCUAUCACUGUUUCGAUCAUAAAAUAUCCCCUACAAUAUUAGCUACCAGGCAAACCUGGGCAAGUUUAGCUAGAAAAUUUAAAUUCCAUCUCUUCUCACAUAUUUAUGCUGUACUUUGGAGCAACCCCUUGUUGAAAAGUGACAAGAAACUGUUAAUGGGGAGAGAAGGGAUGGAUAAGGGGAAAUUUGGGUGUCUCAGUUGAUCUCAAAGGAUUAGUCUCUGCCAUUCCAAGCACUUCAACAACAAUACAACCUACCUGGUUCAGCUGCAUGGCGCUACCUGCAGUUUAAGCAUUUAUUGAAGGACGUUUUGGGCCUAUUGUACUGGGAGCCCCAGAGAAUCCAUAUUCUAGUGGAGAGUGUUCCAUACUUUCACCCGACCAGCUACAGCCUGUUACGACUUCCUGGCCCAAAAGACCCUCCCUAAUUUAGAUUGCCUCCACCAGGCCUGGAACAAAGAUUUGUGUACGUCCUUGAGCCCUAACCUAUGGGGAAGUGCCCUGCAAAAAAAAAAACCCAACUCUACAAUUGAUCUACAAUGAAGGCUGAUUCAGCAGAAGAUUAUAUUUCGUUCACCCCGGCCCCUGCAUAAGUUAUAAUGCACGGGCCUUUGCCAAAACAGACAGCUGCUGGAGGUCCGAGUCUCCCAGAGCCACACUGGCUCACAUGUUUGGGGCUGUCUCAGGAUACUGUCCUUUUGGUUAAGAGUAGACAAGAGGGAUUCAUAUGAAUCAAUACCUCUUAAAAAUUACUUUCCAGUACUGUUUUUGGGAUGUAUCCUAUCAUCUUGGGAACACUUCAGUGCAUGGAGAGCUUGGUUCUCUAGAGCAGGGCUUGUAGCCAAAUGAUUUGUAUUGCUUAGAUGGAAGAGCAGAUGGCCUCCGGGGAUGGAAGCUUAGCACAGCAAGUUGGCUGACCUGGCAGCUAAAGAGCAGGUAACGUCCCCAAGAAGAGGGACCUCAAAGAAAUUUGAAAAGAUUUGGUCUGGCCUCUGAUGGAAACUGAGAUGUCCCUCUCCUUGACCCACCCUUCCCUUUUCCCCCUCCCUUCCCAUUCCUCUUUUAAGACCAUGUGUUUUGGGUGGAAUUAGAGGUAAUUGUGAAUCUGUAGUGAGUAGAGUUGAGAAGUGCAAUAUGCUGGAGGCAUUGACUCGUGCCGUCACUCUCACCCCCUCUGCCUGCCCAAAGGAGACCCUGGUGGCCUCAACAUCUCUGGGCCAAUGUGAUUAUGCAUAUAUCUUCACCCUCCUAUUUUGACUGUACUAACUAUGCCAUAAACUUUGUCGGGGGAGAGGGUUCAUGGAGGAACUUAGUAUCUACAGAAUAGAAAGAGUACUGCUGGAACAUGCUGUUUAUUCACAGUCACUGUUGCAUAAUGGGUUGAUCUACAGCAGUGCAGUGGGAGGCUAGGGUGAAGAAAGUGUCAUCUCUGAGUUUCUACAUAGUAUCAUUACUUUCAACAAGAGUCUUCUCCUUUGCAACUCCUGUUUUCUGCCUCCCUACAUCUGUCUGCCUCGCAGCGUCACUCUUCAUCUCGUUUCAGCCUUGCCUGAAACCUCUUUCUCCCUUACUCUGUUUAUUAUUUAACACUGAAUUUACAGUACUUUUUGUGCAGAAAAGAUUGUAUUGCACGCAAUAAUGAUUGAAGCUGAUGUGGUAUUAUUAGACAACAGAAUUACCCUCUUUGGACAUUUGAUUUCUGUAAUAUGCAGUUAGUUUGACAGGGAUUUAAUUAGCAAAGAUAAGAGGAUAAACUCUUUCUGCCUAAAAGUGGAUCCGAUCUUGAAUGGCUCACCUGUGAUUUAAAAAAUGGCUGAUCUGAAAUCACAUGCAGUAAUCCAGGAAUUAUUGUCCUGUCAAUUAAAGGGAUUCUGCUCUUGUCACAUUUUCUCUUACAGAUGCGAACUUUAAUGUGUUCAGUUGGUCGCCUGGGGAGAGUGUUGGGUUAAUAAAGCUUGCUUUCACUUU